GAUUCAUCAUCCAGCUGCCUCCCGGAUCAGCCGCCUGGAUAUAUAAGCUGGAGCACACCUGAUCCACGGGAACGACUUCAGACCUCCACCAACUGACCUCAGCCUGCCACCAAAGUUCAGGUGGUGAGUUACUCACCAGCGUGGUCUCCGUCCGUUCCGUCUAGCGCCCCCCUCCCUACCUACCCACCCCCCGAGAGACCGCACAGCAUGCUGCCCGGGAGAGCGGCUCAGGUCCGGCGGUGCGUCCUGACGAGCCGCUGGCUGCCCGCGACCCUGGCGCUGCUCCUCCUCCUCUCCUCCAGCUUCAGCCGCGCUCACAGCACCACGAUGGAGCACGACUUCCACAUCGUCCACAAUGUCGACAACAGAAGUCCAGAGAUAGACCCGUUCUGGUACGUGGGGCGCGGGGUGCGACCCAUCGGGCGCUUCGGGAAGCGACACAGCGGCGUGGAGGCUCUGGGCGGCGGCGGGGGGCUGCAGCCCGUCGUCAGGACUCUGGAGCUCCUGCUCAGCGGCCUCAGGAACAAGGAGGACCUCGGGAAGGAGCUGGACGGGGAGGACGGCGGCUGGUUACCAUGACGACGCGUCCUCCUCCAUACCCCUCCACAAACUCCUCUCAAUUUUUUUUUUUUUAGUUACGCAUUUGUUUUUUUUUAAAUCUUGAUGUUUUGCCUUCAGCUGUACUUCUCUCUGGCGCCCGCUCAGAGGUUCGUCCGAUCCUUUGCUGAAAAAGAACCUGUUAAUAAAAAUGCAUUCUAUAUUGAUUAAUACA